AUGAGGCUCGAGGGCAUUGGCACGUGUCACGAUGCUGCGAUCAUUGGUGGGCAACAGGUGGUGGCUGCCACUGCAACUGGCGUCUUCAAGUGCAAUGGUAACAAUGCUCCAGUUGCUGUCAAAGGGCUGUCCGGAAUCAAAGUACUUCGCGUUGUGACCAAUGAGGCGGGACGGUUGGCGAUCUGCACUGCGCGGCUCGUCCUGCUUGAGGACACAAGUGAUGGCCAUUCAAUUUGGCAACCACAGGACCUUGAGACGGAGGACCAUGUGACGGACAUGGCCGCUGACGGCAAUGCACUCAUAUUUUCUCAUGGUCGCAGGGUGUCGUUGGUCACACGUUUCGAUCCCUUGAAGGAAUACCUGGUGAAGAUUCGCCGCGUGUUCGAUGCCGGAGGCUAUGGUGGCUACGUUGGUGAUCUAGCUGAUUUUCGAACCGCUUCCAUGGAAUUGAAGAGCUAUCUCAAUGAGAUGCGACAGCAGCAAGUCAAUGCCAUUAGCUUCCUGCCCCCAGGGUCUCUCCACGGCCCGCAAGGAUGCAUUAGCGCAACGACCCUAAAAACAAUUGCUAUAUUGUGCACCGGAUUAGAUCAAUUGCAUGACCGCGGCAUCACCAGCACGGCACGUGCCCUUCAAGAGGAUCCGUGUGAGAGUUUCUUCUCUCUGCUGGUAUCCGGCACAACGACAGCACCCACACACAAGGAGCUUGCCUUCAGGUUCCCCGUUGUUGUCAAGAACGCACUCGUGCGAGCAGCACAAGGGUCUCCAGUGUUUGAUUUUGACAAGACUCGGACAGAGAGAUCCUACAGUGGCCUGGAGUUUGUUGGACGUGCCCAGCCAACCUUCAGGCCAUUGUUUCAAACGCGGCACAAUCGAGAUCGUACCCAUGUGGAUGAUUGCGAUGACCUGCGACAAUUCAUGUCAUCGUUUCUCGCCAACCUGAGCUGUCGACGGUCAUCGCGCGUGAGGGCAACUGGCAAAGCACUUCUUGGGCAGAAGCCGCGCAUCGCGUUCCUGACACUGCGCCAAGAUGAGCUGCCAUCAGACCGACCACUUCAGCCGACGUGCAAGCGACCGAAGACGGGCAGUAAAGGACACACACAAAGGGUCGCUUCCAUCACGUUCCCCAAAAACGCCUUUGUGGGUGUCCUCCGGCAAGCGUCGACUCAAGGAGGUGCACAAGAGCUGUGGAUUGCGAAGAUGGUAGAAGACGUGUACGGCGAGCCGAAGGAUUGUGCAAUUCAGUGGCUAGAACAGAGCAACGAGAAGAAUGGUACACAUACGCUGCAGAAGGAAGUGGUGCGAUGCCCUUUCGGCUCAUGCAUCGCAGACAUCUCGCGAUUCGUCGACGUCAAGCGACACGGGGUGAUUAACAUCGACGACACUGUUUAUGCUGUGCUGAAGGAGGAAGUUGGGCAGUUGGAGCAAGAACGCGACAACGACAAGCUUGCCCGUGCCAGAGAUGGUGACGACGACGAUGACAAUCCCUAUGCAAAACCUUACUCAACAGGAUCAGAGGAACGGCGUCGACGACAUCGACGACGGUAA